AUGGCUCCCGGACAAAGUCGCAGCGUCUUCGUGGGCAACAUUCCCUUCAAUCUCAGCGAGGAAAACAUUGUUAAGAUUCUCAGUCAAGUUGGUACGGUUGUUAAGUUCAGGUUGAUGACCAACCCCGAUACGGGCAAAUCAAAAGGAUUCGGCUUUGCAGACUUCCAGGAUGCGGACCAGGCGGCCAGCGCAGUUAGGAAUUUGAACGAUUUCGAGAUCGACGGACGCAAGAUCCGCGUCGAUUGGCCUCACAACAAUGAGAAAGAUUCGGUCCCAACAAACUACGAGCAGACUGCUGGUCCUGCGGGGGAUGCGCACCAACAAACUGGCGCAAGCGCCCUACCUCCGCUUCCCUCAGGGACUGAUCUUCCCCCAAAUCUCAGAGCGACCGACGCCAUCUCCCAGACCCUUUCUACGCUUCCGCCGCCCCAGUUGCUCGACGUCCUCACCCAGAUGAAGGCGCUGGCCAUAUCGGAUCCUGCAAGAGCCACCUCCCUCCUUAGGACCGCACCACAACUCUCCUAUGCCAUUUUCCAGGCUCUAAUCCUCAUGAAUCUCGUGGAUCCCAAAGUGCUGGCACAAGUCGUGGAACAAGCCGCGAGACCACCUCAGCCAGCCGGAAUUCCUCCACCGCAGGCCACUCCACAGCAAUACCCCGGCUUUCCACCGCCCAUGGUACCCGGUCAGAUUCCUCCGAGACCUCAGCAAUAUCCGACAGCAACCAUGCAACAGCAACCGCCGCAACAGCCUCCCGCUCAGCCUCAACUGUCUCAUCAAGAGAUGAUCCAACAAGUCCUUGCCAUGGAUCAGCGAACAAUCGAUUCCUUUUCUCCGACUGAGAGGGCACAGAUCAUGCAGAUCAGAGCAUCGAUGGGAGUCAGAUGA